AAUGAAAAGACAAAGAUCUUCCGAGAGAAAGAGCCAGAGUGUGUCUAAGAGGCGCCGUAUAGAUGUCUCUUCAGAUGACAGUCGUCAGUGGUACGAGGUGAUGCUUGCUCUGGCAGCCAAAUCAGCUUAUGAGUUGACCCAUGCCAUCAACAAGUCUGAGGAGCGUAGGGAGUUACCCACCAUACCUCAACCUACGCACCAGAUGGAAUGGUUGGCUAGAGUGAAUUUUGAACACAGACCCAUGCGCCGCAACGUACCAGAAAACAGACGCCAUAAAGUCUCCAAGAAACAAGACUUGAAUUCCUCUUUUUACGUCUACUAAAGUGGAGGAUGAUUUUGGUAUGGGGCAAAUUGUUUGCAAGAAUCUGAAACACAUUGACUGCCACAACAUUCACAGUACCGUGCACUGACUGUAUCUGUAUUUUGUGUACCACACACUUUUCGUGGACCCAAAUGCCUGACUAUAGAUAGUGCUAUUAAAAUUACAAUCUCAAUGCUAACGCCACAGCCAUAGCACCAUGCAGUGACUGUGCUUGUAUUUAGUACAACACAUCUUUCAUGGACCUAUAUGUGCUCAGCUACAUGUAUAAAGUGUGUUUUAAAGUGCCGAUGCAUGUGCUAAGUCCUAUUUAUGCACUGCGUAUUACCAGGUGCUAUGUGUGACUUUGCAUAGACAUUGUUAAAGAAGACAUUUGCUGCAUGUUUAGCGGAUGUGAUUUACUAGUAUUUCCUUAUAUGACAAAGUUUUAUUUGCCUCUGUUCUUUUAAAGACUUACCAUUACUAUUAUAAUUUUUGAGAGCAUUUUUAUUGACUUUAUAUAACUCAUUCAUAUUUUUAAAUUAUUUGUACAUAGUA